CAAGCCUGACAGCAGCGCCCUUUUGAUUUAUUCAAUAGCAGCACAGCCCUCUUCAUCCCCCUGCCUCACUCUUUGAGAUUUCACGAAUUUUACACCUUGUGGGAUGCGAUUUGUAAAGUCGCGGAAUGACGUAUCGGUGAUUACUUAGCGCGAUCGCUCAGGAACCAGGGUCUCGAUCACGGCUCCGCAUUGUGACAUCCGCCACUGUGACGCUGAAGUUUGGCCAGCAACAAUUUUCGCAAGAGCUUUGUCUGCAAUCCUCCCUCACCACGCUCGUUCCGGUUCAUAGUAUCACAAUAUGGCUGACAGGCCGGCGACGCCACCGCGAGCCACUCGCUCAGCGGGAAAGCUGCCGCCAAAUCCUCCAACCCCGGAGCAGAUCAGACGAAUGGAAGAAGCUCGGCUCCGAGCAAAAGCACAAGCACAGCAGGCACAGGCAGCCCGACCCCCAGCGCCUGUUGCCGGCACAAAGCGCGCAUACUCGUCCAUAACCUCAUCCGCCACGCCCACCCAGUCCCGUAAUGCCAGCUCCACACAAGAGUCUGGUGGGUUCAUUCAACCGCCCUCAAACUCAUAUAUCCACCAAAGCAAGAGCAAAGAUAUCAAGCGCGCCGACUUCAUCGACUAUGACUUCAGCACUAUGACCGACACAAAGGGCGGGUUCCUCAGCACGACCGACGACCCGAACAAUCGCGCCAUGUGGACCGGCAAGAACCGUGAAGAGCAGAAACCAGAAGGCAUGACGCUCGCCGAGUGGGAGCGCGAGCAAGUCCGCAAGAAACUCCGCGACGCGCGCGCCGGGCCCUACGAGCCAGGAAUCUCGAUCCUGAACGCCGUGAACGGCAAAGACGACGCCGGCGACGACGAAGCCGCGCUCCUCGAAGCCGCCGAGAACGCCGAAAUCGAAGCCGGCACCUACAAAGGCAAAUACGGCGACGGCAAGAAAGACGUCCCCGGCAAAUGCCGCGAGUGCAAUAGUCUUGAAAUCGACUGGAAAUGGGCCGACACGUUCCACAUCAGCGUGUGUGCGCGCUGCAAGGAACUAUUGCCGGACAAGUACAGUCUGCUCACCAAAACCGAGGCGCGUGACGACUACCUCCUCACGAACCCGGAGCUCGCCGACGAGGAUCUGCUGCCGCAUCUCGAGCGUCCGAAUCCGCACCGCUCGUCGUUCCACAACAUGCAGCUCUUCCUGCGACUCCAAGUCGAGGCUUACGCCUUCAGUACUAAGAAAUGGGGCGGUGCGGCUGCGCUCGACGAGGAGUACGAGAAGCGCAGCACGGUGGCCAAGGCGCGCAAGCAGAAGAAGUUCAAGAACAAGCUCGAGGAUCUCAAGCGCAGGACACGGGUGGAGGCGUAUAAGCGGGCGCGGCUGGGCGGCGAGGCGGAGUUUGGGCAGAAGAUUAAAGGGAGAUAUGAUAGGCAUGAGCAUGAGUGGGGCAGGGGGAUGCUGGAUCCGGAGACGGGGCUGACGAGGAAGGCGUGUGGGGAGUGUGGGAUGGAGGUCGAGGAGUUGGAGUUUUGAGGGGUGUGGUGAGAUGUAAUAUGAUACCCAAAUGAAUGAAGUUUAUGCGCACGAAUGC